AUGGACUUUUCACGUCUACACAUGUACACUCCUCCCCAAUGUCUGCCAGAGAACACUGGCUAUACAUAUGCACUCAGUUCAAGUUAUUCUUCAUCUGCUUUGGAUUUUGAGACUGAAAACAAAAUAGAUCCAGUAUUUGAUUCGCCAAGAAUGUCACGGCGUAGUUUACGGUUAGCUGCUGCAGGAUUUAAUAAAUCAGAUGAGGCACAAAAUGAUCUCUAUGACAGUCCUUAUGCCGGAACCUCGUCCUUCAGAGAACAGUCUUCUAGGACUGUGAAGCAACGCAAAAGUAUCAAUAAACAGUCUGGCAGUGUAAGACACACGCCAAGGCAAAACCUGUCCAGUUCUUCCAUUUUUAGCCAAAGCAGUUUCAAUAGCCAUGGCAGUGACACAUCCAUGGUAUCCAGUGUAUUGGAUGAAUCUUUGAUUCGAGAGCGGACAGAAGUGGAUCAUUUCUGGGGUCUUGAUGAUGAAGGUGACCCUAGAGGUAGUGAUUCUACCCUGAUGCAGGAAAAUGGUGAUAUAACAGCAGAAGAAACACAGACCACAAUGAUCAACGGCUACACUUGCAAUGACUGCAGCAUGCUUUCUGAUCGGAGGGAGGUUCUUACAACAUACUCAACUUCUCAUGUGCCAUCUUCUAGAAUUUACACCAGGGAUAGGAGCCAGAGACAUGCAUCUAGAGGAACCUAUUUCUACAUGAGUAAGAUUCUGCGAUUGGUCAAACAUGCUGCAACAUCUUUUGCAUCACUAUUAGUGCAACUAUUACAAAUGGUUUUGCUGAAGCUGGGUUAUGAAUUUAAAGCUCACUCAGACUACUGUGGAAGCAUGAAUGUAAAUGAGUAUUACAGAGAAGAUAGCCAUCUGGGUGUAAAUGAGGAAUCAAUAUGUGAUGACUGUAAGGGGAAGAAACAUCUUGAAAUACACACCACAGACCACAUGCAAUCCUCAUGGGCUAAAAGGGUAGCAAGGACCAUUUGGCACACCUUUUCUUAUGCAGGUUACUUUAUGCUUCACGUGUUGCAAACAGUGGGAGCAACGGGAUGGCUUGUGUCUCAGAAGGUGUUGUCUCUACUUUGGCUCGCCGUUCUCUCUCCAGGGAGGGCAGCUUCUGGCAUAUUCAGGUUGCUUAGAACUGGGUGGUAUCAACUUGUUACUUUGAUGUCUUUGCUCAAGGUGUUUCUUCUAAGAAGGUGCCUUCCAAAGAUCUCCAAGUUGUUACUGUUCCUUAUCCCACUCCUGUUUCUACUGGGUAUAUGGUUCUGGGGUUUUGAUGCCUUCAUUUCAUUAUUACCUUCAUUGAAUUGGACAAGUGUUGAUAGAAUACAGAGAAUGGAUGACUCUAUUCGUGUUCCUGAACCACAAGCUGAUUCUUUUCACUCUGUGCAACCUCCAAAGGAUACCAUAAAUAUCUUUGAUUCUGGUCGUAUAAGCGAGCUGGAAAAGCAAAUGGUCUUCAUGUCUGACAGAUGCCAUCACCAUGAUGAAAAAUACAACAAAGUGAUGCUUCUACUCCAAAAUCUUCAAGAUCAGGUUGCCCAGAUGAGUGACAAAAGUGAAACAUUGCAACUAAUAAAAAAUGUGAUAGGUCAGCAUGUUAAAGAUAUGAAACUGGAGGAAAAGACUAACUUCCUGGCUUUACAUCAAGAACAUGAGUUGCGCAUCCUGGUACUGGAAGACCUUCUUGGAAAGCUCUCUGCUGAAUCCAAGGACAUCCAGACGGAGCUUGACAUAGCAAAAGCAAAAACAACGAGAGAUGAUGAUGAACAUAACCAACUUUUGUCCAAAGUUAAAAAGCUAGAACUAGAGUUGUCUCAGAUGAAAUCAGAGCUGUUAACCAGGGAAAGUGUGAAGACAAGUUGUGAGAAAAUGGAUGUCAUUCAUGAAAAAGUAGAUGCCCAGGUCAAAGAAUCUGUCAGGCUAAUGCUUUUUGGUGAUCAACAACAAGACUUCCCCAAAUCGCUUCUCCAGUGGCUUACGUCCAAUUUUGUGAGCAAAAGUGAUCUGCAGACUUCGCUGCAGGAUCUAGAGAUGCAGAUCCUCAAGAGUAUUACUCUCCAUAGGUCUAUUACAAAUGAAAAAGUGUCAUCUGAAGUAGUAACAAAUGCUGUGACUAAUGCAGGGAUUUGUGGAAUCACAGAAGCGCAAGCACAGAUUAUUGUAAACAAUGCCCUGAAGCUCUACUCUCAAGACAGGACUGGUAUGGUGGAUUUCGCCUUGGAAUCUGGAGGUGGCAGCAUUCUGAGUACUCGCUGUUCUGAAACCUAUGAGACCAAAACAGCAUUAAUUAGCCUCUUUGGAAUUCCUCUGUGGUACUUCUCUCAGUCUCCCAGAGCGGUGAUUCAGCCGGACAUGUAUCCAGGAAAUUGCUGGGCAUUCAAAGGAUCACAGGGAUAUCUUGUAGUUAGACUUUCAAUGAAGAUCUAUCCAACUGCCUUUACAGUGGAACACAUACCAAAAUCACUUUCACCAACUGGGAGUAUCACCAGUGCUCCUAGGAACUUUUCAGUAUAUGGUCUAGAUGAUGAAUAUCAAGAAGAAGGCAAGCUUCUAGGACAGUAUGUCUAUGAUGAAGGAGGAGAACCACUGCAGAUGUUUCCAGUGAUGGAUAAAAGUGAAAAUGCAUUCCAAAUAGUGGAGCUGAGAAUUUUGUCUAACUGGGGACAUGCAGAAUAUACAUGCCUUUAUCGGUUCAGAGUGCACGGGAAACCUGCCGAAUGA